GUCGACGACACAAAUCCUACACCAUGGCCGACUCACAAGUUACUCUGCGUACGCGCAAGUUCAUCCGCAACCCUCUCCUCGGCCGUCGCCAGAUGGUUCUUGAUGUCCUCCACCCCAACCGCGCCAACGUCUCCAAGGACGAGCUCCGCACCAAGCUCGGUGAGCUCUACAAGGCCAAGAAGGAGGAUGUCUCCGUCUUCGGUUUCAGGACACAAUUCGGUGGUGGCAAGAGCACCGGCUUUGCCCUCAUCUACGACUCCCCCGAGGCGAUGAAGAAGUUCGAACCCCACUACAGGCUCGUCCGAUACGGCAUGGCCUCCAAGAUCGAGAAGGCCAGCAGGCAGCAGCGCAAGCAGCGCAAGAACAGGGCGAAGGAGAUGCGGGGUACGGCCAAGACCAAGGGCGCAAAGAAGGAGAAGAAAUAGACGGUUUCCCAUUGAGGGUGGUCCUCUCGCCGAACUGUUUCUUCUGGUAUUAUGGAGGAACGACGUUCAGGGUAGUGACAUGGGAGUUGCCGUGGGCCAUGUGUACAGCUACAACCAAUUUUAUGAACGCCUGGGAAAAAAAACUUCUUGCGUGUAGGACAGCAAGAUGGGGUGGCGUUCUGAGAUCUCAUUUCGUCUGCUAACCAUCAAUGC